ACAGUUUACACUGUUGGUAGCGGCGGCUAAUUUUUUCGUAGUUGGUAGAACUCGACACUCGUCCCGUUACGUGUUUUACAGGUUCCAUUUGUUUAAUGCUUUGUUUUGUUGUAGUGUAGUUAUUUUAUGGAUUACACUUUUACAGGCGUUGUAUGAAGUAUUUUCGCGGUUUAUUUUGUACGUAACCUCAAAUUUGUUGGCGGUAAUUUUCAGGAUUACAACACUUGUACAGGCGCUGUAUGAAGUAUUUUUGCGGUGUAUUUUGUACGUAACCUCAAAUUUGUUGGCGGUAAGUGCAUAAGUACGAUUUCUUUUUAUAAUGGCUUCUAAAAGAAAGAGAAAUUCUGUUUGUGCAUCUCGGAGCCAGUAUCGAAUUGCGAGAACACGAACCGAUCUGGCCGACGAAAUGAUUUCUUAUGAUGUCCCGCAAGUGGCUGAUAAUAUACCCAAUUCCGAUCUUGAUGUACCCAAUUCGUUAGCUAUUAUUGAUGAUAUUAGCAAUGUAGAACCCUUACAUUCUGUAGUUGAUGACAGUAUUGACGUGGAAGUGCAUAGUGAUGAAUUUUCGUUAUUUAGUUCCGAUACUGAAUCUAAUAAUAACGUUCGUGAUUCGUCUCCAGAGUCAUCCACGUUUAAUUUCCCUACCACUACUAAUGAUCAUGCCAGUGAAAAUUUUCAGUCUCAUUUAGCUUGCUGGGCCAUUAAAUUUAAUAUACCUCAUGUCGCAUUAAAUGCAUUACUUCUAUUGCUAAAAAUGUUUUUUGAUGCUACACUCCCAAGCAAUGCACGAACAUUACUUGACACACCUCGACAGUUGCAUAUCAAAACAAUUGAACCAGGUCAGUACUUCCACAUUGGAAUUAUUAAAGCAGUUACAAAAUUGUUGGCUAAGAAUAAUUUAGCCCAUUUAACACCUGCCAGUGGAAUUAAGAUAUGUGUUAAUAUCGAUGGUCUGCCUAUUGAAAAAAGUAGCAGCAAUCAGCUCUGGCUAAUUUUGUGUAAUUUACAAGGUAAUGUUAACAAUGUCGAAUUAAUUGGUGUUUAUCAAGGUUUUGACAAACCUAAAGAACCAAAUAUAUUUUUAAAUGAUUUUGUUCAAGAAGCAAUUUUCUUAACAAACAACGGCUUUACUUUUAAUGGUAAAAUAUUUCCAUUUGAAAUAGCAGCAUUUGUUUGUGACGCUCCAGCAAAGGCGUUUAUAAAAAAGACGAAAGGUCACGCUGGUUACAGUUCCUGUACAAAAUGUUACACAGUAGGUAAUUUUGUAGAAAAUCGUGUGUGUUUUCCCCAAAUAGCAAACCUUAAACAUCGAACAAACCAAGAAUUCCGAAACAAGGUAGAUGAAGAUCAUCACACUGGAACUACAAUACUAGAAUCUAUUCCUGGUCUUAAUAUGAUAGCUGCUUUUCCAUUGGAUUAUAUGCACCUCAUUUGUUUAGGUGUGAUGAGAAAGCUUUUGUUAAUGUGGGUUACUGGAAAACCACCGACAAAAUUGCAGCACAUAAAAGUUCAAAAUAUAUCACAAGCAUUAAUUAAACAAAGACCAUUUUCACCUUGUGAAUUUGCUCGUAAACCGCGAUCUUUAUCUGAAGUAAAUCGAUUUAAAGCAACAGAAUAUCGGCAGUUUUUAUUAUAUACAGGCCCAGUUAUUCUGCGUUCAAUAUUAUCGCUAGAUAUGUACACAAAUUUUUUAAGCCUGCAUAUAGGGUAAAGAGGACAGUUAUCGGCACUCUGCCAGUUAUUGGCACAACGUUGUCAAUAUUAAUUUUAAUAAGCGUUAGGACGUCUGCGAACUGAUUUAUUUUGAAUUAUACCAAUGUUGGCACCUUCGUCUAGACACAGUAGAAAUUUUAGCCUCGUAUGUUGGUAGUAGAAAAAAUGGCGCAAAGUUGAAUGCAGUGAGUUCGAAGUGAUUACGUCUAAGAGGUGAGUUUUUCUUAUAUUCAUAAGAAGCACGGCGCAUGUGAAUUGCUUUUACGUAAUGUAAACCUUAUUGCCAUCCCAAAUUUAUUUUACCAAUUAAGAAAGCUUGAUUAUUUGGACCUAUUUUCCUACUUAACCUCAAAAAAUGAUCUUUAUUUAAUAUAAUA